AGUUUGUAUAAAAAAAAACAUUGAUCUAUGCACAACACAUGUGUGUUGUUGAUGAAAGUUCAUAAUUUAGAUUUAACUAUUACCAGAAAGGAUCAUUCUCCCUAGAGAAAAGAAAUCAAGGUGUACCGGUGAAACGGUCCUAGAUGAAACAAUUUGACGUCAUAUAUACUUGUGUUUUUAUGUACAGUAUGGCGACGUAUACUAGUGUGCUCUACAGCAGACGUGUAUGUAUACUACCGAGAUGACACGGGUGGCUGGCCGACGUCUUCAUUGUGUCUAGACCACUAGGGAUGUGAAUAACCGGUCAAAUGGUGAGCAUCAGGACAUACAGCCGCAGGAAAUUCGUGACAGGAGACUGGUGACAAUGGACGUGAAGUGCCUUCACGAGCAAAUCAGAGCCGGCGACGUCAAAGCUGUCCGCAGAUUGACCUCCAAUAGCGUUGACGUGAAUAAGGUUUACUGUCGUGACACCGCUUUUAGCCUCGCUCUGGAUCAGCAAAACGUCAAUUGUGACAUAGUAAAUUUACUUUUGUCUUGUUCUCAAUUCGACCCAAAUUCAAAGAAUCACUUUGACAGGACUCCUCUAUUCUGUGCCGCCAAGCUUGGUAACAUUGACAUUGUGAACCACCUUUUGACACUUGGAGUCCACGUGGAUCAGGCUGACCUUGAAGGAGUGACCCCUCUUGGGGCAACAGCUUGGUACGACGCGGCCGAGGUGGCUGAUGCUUUGAUAAGAGCGGGAGCGGAUGUAAACCUAUGUAACAAACGCGGUGAAUCGCCCUUACUUCGGGCUUGUUCGAAUAAAUCUUUCAAUGUUGCGAAAGUUUUAAUGGAAAACGGAUGUGACGUCAAUAAACAGGCACUGGACUUCCAAUCACCAUUAAUGGAAUGUAUCCCGUCUUCGUUUUGUACAAGACAUCCUUGCGAUAUGACAGAGCUUCUCAGUCUUCUUUUAAAACAUAAUUGUGACACAAAUUUACAAGACAGGUGUGGAUGUUCCGCCUUACACCUAGCUGUGGAGAGAAAUCAACUUCUGUCUGCCUGUAUUUUAGCCGAGAACGGAUGUGAUAUGGCGUUGAGAAAUAACGACGGGUUGACAGCGAUGCAUAUAGCCAUAUCGCCAGGACGUCAGAAUUUCAAAUUCGCGUCCUGUUUGAUAUCUUAUGGGUGCGACCUUCAUACUAUAUUUCCAGAAAUUGACAGUGACAACGGACCAAUAGCGUUGAUUUUGAAAGGUAUGACAACAUCGCAAAUGUCUCCAAAAGCGACGUCGACGGAACGUCGAUUACUACUCAAACUUCUGUUGAGUGAUUUAGACCACUUUAGGCUCUGCAAAGGUAAGCUAAAAAAACUAAUGGAUGACCACGUUCGAGACAAUGGUCUUCACAGUGAUCUGGACACCGUUGCAAAGUUUUGCCUUGACAGAUCGCCUGAUUCACUGCAAGGGAUAUCUAGGCGAAAAGUCAGACGCAGUCUUGGUCAAAGAAUUAUUCAAAAGGUUCAUACACUUCCACUUUGUGCAUCGAUAAAACAUUUUUUAACUUUUGGAUUGAAUCAUUGUCAAACCAAUCCAACCAGACUAUUAGAACUACAACUAGCUGUUAAAAACGGACACGUGAAGAAAAUUCUAGAAAUGCAGAAGUCAGGCGUGGAUGCAAACUUUCCAUUCUUGGGGAACACUCCUCUGUUAGUAGCAGUAGAGCAUGGUCAGGACGCAUCUAUGCAGGCCUUGAUAUCAGGAGGAGCAGAUCCCAACGUCCAUGGCUUCGAGGGAGAUAGUGUGCUUCACAUCGCAGCUAGAUUCGGCAGAGAAAGCAUGGUGGAUUAUUUCAUUCAGUACGGAUGUGAUGUUAACGCCGAGAACAAGAAAGGGAAUCUGCCAAUCCACGAUGCUUGUCAAAGUGGGAACUUUUUAUCAGCACAACUCCUUCUGUCGAAAGGAAGUCUUAUCUCGCUUCCCGAUAACUGUGGGAUCUAUCCAAUUCACUACAUAGCUGCCAGCGGAGACUUGGAAACAAUACGUUGUAUACUCGCGAAAGAUUCGUCCGUUAAUAUGGUCGAUACAUUAGGAAAUACUCCUUUGCACCUCGCUGCUUCAAACGGGAUCCUGUAUCUAAGGCAGAACAUCCAUUUACCUUGGUUAUACUCAAGUGAGCUGACGAUGAACCUAGACAUGAUGAACAUCAUACACAGCGAUAAGAAAACCCUUGGAUCUGCUGCCAAGGCGAGCAGACGGCACAAGGAAAUCGUAGAAGAACUAAUAAACAUGAGGAGUGAUAAAGCAAGAGAGAACACAACCGGGCAGACGGCAUUAUCCGUUGCGCAGGAAUUCGGAUGUCUGGACUAUUUUCAAAUGGAAGAUACAAACUUGACCUAGGACUGGACUUGCUGAAUACGAUUCAACCGUGACUAUAGUGACAGAAUGUGGAAAUUUUGAUACCUUAUAAUAUUUAUCUUUGAAAUCACGGCUUCCGCUAUUGAUACAAAUACCUUGGCAACACAGAAGGCAGCAAUUACGCAGCUAGCUUUUUGAUCGGUUGCUAACAUAAACAAAUCAGACCAAUCACUAAGCUGAAACCUGUGAUUUAAAGAUUAAAGAGGAGCAACACCCGACUUCAAAGCCGGUCAUUUUUGCAGAUGCUAUCGAGCGAUUCUUCUGAUUUACAUCAAAGGAUUUAACUAUCCUACUUGUACCAUCCGUAAGGUGGUGUGUACAGGGCCUGUAGUUUUGUCAUGGUAUAUUCCAAGGAUAAAGGGAAGAUGUAUGUAUCGAGAACGGAACCUUUUUAAUUUCUGAAAUGAAAAAUAUUAUCUUUAAAUAAUACUUUACCUCAAUAAUAUUGUUUCUCAGAACAUUGCAAACAACGACUGUUUUGAAACCAUUCAUAUGAUUUCUGUGAAUUCAAAUAUCGAAAUAAGCUUAUCAUAUUCUUGAACCUGGGACAUAUGAUUUUAGACAUGUUGAAAGUGUAAAUGAACCAUCUUUGUACGCAGAGGGGAUUUUCUUUAACAAAUAUUCAUGUCACUGUUUUCAUCUUGCUUGUAACAAGCAUUUUCAUUGGCUUACAAUUUAUGUUAUCAGCCCAUAAAGUAAAAAAAAUGAC